UCCGUGUGUGUCACUCAGCUGAGUAAUGUCUGAUGGAAAUGAUUUGAUCGCCGAGGUGAAUGGCGUGGGCAGGACACACUUGUAAGGAAAACUCACGCAGGUAGUGCUCCUUUCAUUCCUGUCUUUUCCCUCCCUAGCUUGUGACUGGAUGAAGGAGGAACCCGGGCAGCGAGUGUCACAGAACCCCCGUAGCAGGACCAACCUCUGAUAUUCGUGGGAUUUAUUUCUGCUUUCUUGGGGAGCAGGAAAGACCAAAGGUACCAAUUGGCAGGAGGGCUGCACAGCCCCCGCCUCAGCCUGGCGCGCAGAGGAGCUUACCCAGCUUGGCUCCCAGCGCCAAGGGUCGCUUUCGCGGGUUCCGGGGAGAGCUGCGCGCAUAUAGCAGCGCCCCAGUUCCAGCUGCCGCCCAUCCGGUUCAGAGAGGCCAGGCUCACGGAGCAAGUUGUGAUUUUUUUCUGGCUGGACCCAAGAGGCACAGAGGGGAUGCAAUUGAGUCUUCACUGUCCCUCCUGUGCAGCAGAAACUCUGCCCACCACUGGGGAGUCCUGGGAGUCGUUCCGCCUUGCAGAAGACCUGGGAGAAGGCAGGAGGGAGCAGCAGCUCCAGCACGGCAGGGGGGUGGCUUUUAGUGUGGGAAGCUGGGUGACUCUCUACCACUGAAGGUGUGCACCUCUGAGCUCUUUGGAGCGCGGUGGGAAGAAGAGGCUCAGAGCAACAGGUGUGACCUCAAGGAACUGCGGUAGCGUACCGAGGGGACGCAGUUCGCAAGGGAUUGUAACCAGAAGAUUCUCCGCCCGCCUACAGCUGCCUAUGAAUCCCGCUUGUCCAGCCUUCGGACUGCCAGUGAUCGCAGAGCCUAGACCGUAACUCUGUUCUGGAGUCCGCCGCCCCCGCACGGGAAGGCGCAGCUCGGGACUUGCAGCACCACCUCUUCUUCAGCCAGGCUAGGCUCGGGGAUAGUGCGACUAGGCACGGUCCAGAGAGCUGCCCCCUGCUGUCUUGCGGGUUUCCGGAGGUUCUGGCUCGAGAGGUGCACUCUUGCUGCUCUGUACUGGGCCACCCUGCGGACCCUCGGCUACCUCCACAGCCAGCCUUUUCCGGCUGGCAUCCCUCCCCAGCGCGCUCCGUUGCACAGCGCCCCAAAGGGGUGUCCCAGUAAGUGAUGGAACUGGCUACCUUGAACCUCAGCGAGGGGAACGGGAGUGACCCAGAGCCUCCGACCUGGGAAUCCAGGCUGCUCUUUGGCAUUGGCGUGGAGAACUUCAUCACGCUGGUGGUGUUUGGCCUGAUUUUUGCCAUGGGCGUGCUGGGCAACAGCCUAGUGAUCACCGUGCUAGCGCGCAGCAAACCAGGCAAGCCACGCAGCACCACCAACCUGUUCAUCCUCAACCUGAGCAUCGCAGACCUGGCCUACCUGCUCUUUUGCAUCCCCUUCCAGGCCACUGUGUACGCACUGCCCACCUGGGUGCUGGGCGCCUUCAUCUGCAAGUUUAUACACUACUUCUUCACCGUGUCCAUGCUCGUGAGCAUCUUCACCUUGGCCGCGAUGUCUGUGGACCGCUAUGUGGCCAUUGUGCACUCGCGGCGCUCCUCCUCCCUCAGGGUGUCCCGCAACGCGCUGCUGGGCGUGGGCUUCAUCUGGGCGCUGUCCAUCGCCAUGGCCUCACCGGUGGCUUACCACCAGCGCCUCUUCCAUCGGGACAGCAACCAGACCUUUUGCUGGGAGCAGUGGCCCAACCAGCUCCACAAGAAGGCAUAUGUGGUGUGCACUUUCGUCUUUGGCUACCUCCUGCCCUUACUGCUCAUCUGCUUUUGCUAUGCCAAGGUCCUUAAUCAUCUGCAUAAAAAAUUGAAGAACAUGUCAAAAAAAUCAGAAGCAUCCAAGAAAAAGACUGCUCAGACUGUCCUGGUGGUCGUUGUGGUAUUUGGCAUAUCCUGGCUGCCCCAUCACGUCGUUCACCUCUGGGCUGAGUUUGGAGCAUUUCCGCUGACCCCGGCUUCCUUCUUCUUCAGGAUCACCGCCCACUGCCUGGCAUACAGCAACUCCUCAGUGAACCCUAUCAUAUAUGCCUUUCUCUCAGAAAACUUCCGGAAGGCAUACAAGCAAGUGUUCAAGUGCCACGUUCGCAAAGAAUCACUCCCCAGCGACACCAAAGAGAAUAGGAGCCGGAUAGAUACCCCGCCGUCCACCAACUGCACCCACGUGUGACGGUUCGCUGGGGACUCCUGUCCUCCCGCUCCCAUGUGUGUAGAGAAGAGGCUACGGUGAGCAUGGCAGCUUGUUCUACUGACAAUAAUUCAUGUCCUUCUAACUUCAUUCCAUGGCUGUUAACGUGUUUUGAUUGUUUAGGGAACUCUUGGGUCCACUGAAGACUAUUUUCCAACUUGUUUCACUUUAUAAUUGUAUUUCUGAAACAAAAGAAAAUUCUGCAUAGUUUAUAUCUCUCAAGGAGUAAAAGUCCAAUAGCAUUCUACAAAUGUGUUCUGAUCUCUAUAAUAUAAGGCAAGUUCUGCCAAAUAGUGAAGACUAUUUGAAGUCUACGUUGUAAAGACAGGUAGUUUAGAGAAGUUCUUUUUCCCCCCUUCAGUUUUGAGAGGAGAGAUACUAUUCUAGGCUGCGUGUUUUGAAAUACAAUUGUGAUUACAGAAUAGUGAAUUUUAUUUGUGGACAGGCAUCUUCUGAGUGGGUGGGGGAUGCUUUUCAAGGUCUGUUCCCAUGGGCGGCCAGAGGUCUAUCUGUGAACACGAGACUAUCAAGUUCCUCUCAGGAGAUCAGCGGUGACUCCACUAUGAAACAGUCCAACAAACUGGGAGGUUAAGGAGGAACUAAGCA